UCGAAACAGCGCCCUCAAGUGCCAUAAGCAUCAGCAUUGCAGCAUUGUUUUUAGUGAAAAAUUGGAAAAGGUCAAGUUGAGUUUUGGCAUCAUGAGUUAUCGAAGACCCUCGGCCCCACACGAGCCGUUCUGGCACUCUCCAGGCCAACGUGCACCAUCGCCCUACCAGAGAUUUCCUCUCGAUGAUUUCAAUCAAAGCACAGACUUCGACGUGGAGGAUUUUAUUUUCCAUAACGAGCGUCCAGCUAGUCACGGCUAUGGGUAUGAGCCUCACUACCAACCAGUGGCUGAGCCUCCUGAGUACAGACGACGCGAACCCAGCCCACUUUUCGGCCAAGGCCCCAACUGGACACAACAUGGCCGCCAAGCAGGUCCCCCGGUUUACAACCACCACCCACGUGAUGAAAUGCACAACAGAAGGAUGGGCACCAGUCAGCAAGCUGGCCCAACUUUCAACCAACCACCUCCACAGGCAAGGCAAGGACCACACCCCCAGCGUAAUCCCCAGAAAGGCAGGGCACUAAACAGGGCCGACCCACUGCCUCCGCAAGCCCAUCAUGCACCACGGGCACGGAGUGAAGUCCGGCAAGUCAGAAAGCCAGAAGUUCCGCCCCCAGGAGUCGAAGAAUUCACCUGUACUGAUAUUGCAUCUAACAUCGCAGAAGAGACACAACCACUCCCAGUUGCUCAUCCGGGCCCGCCUCCUGAACCGCGCCAAGACACCUCCAAAGACAACGACAAGAAGAACGGGUCCAGUGAUGACAUCAUCCUUCAUCCCGUCACAAAAGUGCCAGUGAAAAGGAAACCCAAUGGGACGUAUGAGCUUGUCGAGGACGAGACAAAGAAGAAAGCGAAGAAAGCUCGCCCGCCGUCUCCUCCGCCUAGGCCUAAGAAACUGCCGGAGGAAAUCGGGGAUGGAUGCUAUUGUGAGUUGUGCGAUCUUGUCUGCAGUGGACCACUCAAUCUCAGAAUGCACAUAAGUGGAGCGAAACACAAACUGAAUGAAGCCAAGGUGGAGAAAGGAGAGAAAGUAGUCAUGCGAAAACAUUUGGGAAAGAAAAUCAAGGGACGUAUUACAAAGGAAGGGCCAAUACCAGCCACUCACAAUCAGGAGGAGACACCUUUGAUAGGUCUUGACUACGUAACACGUGUCGUCUUUCCCGAUAAAGACGCGAGUGAGGACUUGUUUGAAUGUAGUUUGUGUGACAAAAAAGAUAUGAUGUAUGCUUCUAUCUACCAACACAUCAUGGGGCGGGCCCACAGAAAAGCUUACAUUCGGAAGUUGAAGCCAGAUUUAGCUGACCAGUACUCCAACAUUGCCAACGUCUACGACAAGAACGGGCAACUGCAGCGCCGUCAGAACAGUGACCUGUCGGCACUGCUCAACAACAUCAGCAAGAUAGCUGCGGAGCGCGACGGGCCUGGGGAAAUGCAGAUCAGACUAAGCAACGAGAGGGAGACGGAUGGAGAAGACAUCGAAGACUACGGAGUCGAGGGCUAUGACAGUGAUCCUGAUGUCAUGGGUUGUCUCCCACCUGGCACAGAGCCAGAGAACCGAGGCAGUGUCAAACGUCUCGGACAAAACCAUCCCCAUCUUUCUGCCGAACCGCCAGAGUAUCCGGCCAUUCCCAGACCUCCUUACAGUCGUCAAGAUCCUUCCGAGCGAAUGCCUCAGAGAGAUACCCCCGUACUACCUCACUCACGCCUGCAACCUGCCGGGCGGGGCACUCCAGAACCACCCAUCACGCGACUGCACCCUCGUAGCCCCUCCCCCGACAGACCUCCCCCUGUGACACGCCUACCAUCACGGGCCCUAUCUCCUGAGGAAGUCCCGCCUCAUGCCCCACCCACACCCAUCAAUCACGCCUUGCCAUCUGUGACACGGUUGCCGCCACUUUCAGCAUCGCCACGCCCAGAGGUCAACGCCCACACAGAGAACACGCCUCCCCCUAUGACACGCCUACCUUCAAAGGAAACUCCUCCAAUCAUGAACCAAAUAAUAUCGCCAGCUGAUUUGCCUCCGUUGACAGACGAACAGCUGCGGUUUUACUGCAGCGAUGUCUUCAUUGCUCAAGAGUACAGACGUCGGUUUGGUGAUCCUAAACCACCAGCCAGUACUGCCCAACCCGAAGGCACGCAAGACAACACUCAGACCAAAGAAAUUAGCGACAGUGCCAAUGCUGGUGGAAUCACAGUUGAAACGCUGCUCAAAUCAAUGUCCAACUCCAUGGUGAAUAAUGAAGAGGAUGCGAGUAUGGCCAUGCGGAUCACCCGAGCAUUGACGCAAGCCACAUUGAAGUACAGACUCCGAGAAAAAGACUUUGCUGUUCAGAAGAAAGAUGGGAAGAGGUGAACUACAUGCUUGUUGUAGCAAGUACAACAUCAUGUUUGAAAAUAAAUGGAGAUACAGACAUGACAGAGGGUGUAGAAAAUGCCAACUGGACACAAUGCACAAAAUCCUGACCUGAAAAAAAGUCAGACUUAACCUGAUCAGCUAAGACUGCAAAUAGAUUGAAUGGAAAGUCCAUCAGGUGCACAUAACAGGUGCAUUAGCUGCGUAUGAGAGGAUUGUAUCUGUUGUCUUUGCAACUCUCGGAGGACAUGGAGACUGUCGUCCUUAAUCGCAAAUACUGGAGUGUCUUGGAUGGUCUGGUAGAGCAGCGUUUUAUCCUGUGCUUCAACAUGUAUUAUUAUUCAGGUUUGGUAUUCAUGAGCCGAUACAUUGGCUCACAGUGGUGCCAGCUAGAGAUGAGAUGAGAUUUGUAGCAACAGUUCGUGGAUAAAACAUCAACUGGCAAGGCAAGCUGUUGAAGUUGAAGCUUUUUGCUGUUGAAGCCUGCCUGAAGUCUGUCGUCCAGUUGUUGGCUUGUUAAACCCAACUCCUUAGGCAUUUUUGCUAGGAUGCAACCUCAAUCCUGCAAAAUCCUCCAACAGCUUCCGUGUGCUAAUUGUAUACAGCCCCAAUCCUCCCAAAUAAUCUGUCAUUUCUUGAAUGUGGUCCUUGGAGGGGUGACCACUGCCUUAAUCCUGCAAAAUCCUCCAGCAAUCACUGUCAAUACAUGAGGCAGAGCCAGUGACAUCCUGGAGCAGUGUGGAGGAUUUCAAGUAUUUCUAGGCCAACACUUAUGCUCGACUGAACAUAAACAACUCAAGGUCCGGCCCAAGACCUUGACACGUCGCAUCCUCCAUAAUUAGCCACAAAUUGUUGCCACUUAUGCAAGGAGCAUUGGAGGAUUUGGGAAGGGUAGGGUUAGUCAGGAAUGAGAUUGUCAAUUGAAAAAACGUCUGAAAAUUGACUGAAUGUCUGAAAGAUGCAUGGGUUUCUAUAUACUAACAAUAGCUUUCUCUCAGAUUCAAAAAGUCUGAUUUCAGACGAAAGUUUGAAAAAUCUCAUGCCUAGGUUGAUGUUUCAAAUGGGACUGUCAUUUGAGGUUGAAGACAGACAAUAAACUGCAAUUUUCAGUACUUCAGGA